ACUUCCCAGUUAUUUCCGCUCGGGACGAGAUUUCAUUUAUUGUCUCUCAAAAUCUUUUAUUGAAAAGAAAGAAAAAAAAAAAAGAUUUUUAACUUUAUUUCGUACUUAAGCGAAAACAGUAGUAGUAGUAGUAGUAUUAAUCCCGGACUCUUGAGUUUUGAGAAUAUCCUUACUUUGCAAUAGUAGUAUCCAUUUAAGCGUCGAGAGAGAGAGAGAGAAAGACUUGUCUAGGGUUUUUCCGAUUCUGCUUCUCUGAUCUUUUUCUUCGUCAAGCUCCCAUGGCUGGACGAUCAUGGCUAAUCGAUAGCAACCGCAUUGCAACGAAAAUUAUGAGUGCAUCGGCUGGGUCUGACCCUCGCCAAGUUGUGUGGAAAAGCAAUCCUACAAGACACUGUCCAAACUGUCGACAUGUCAUUGACAACAGCGAUGUUGUUGAUGAGUGGCCAGGCUUGCCUCGAGGUGUGAAGUUCGAUCCAUCUGAUCCAGAGAUCAUUUGGCACUUGCUAGCAAAAUCUGGUUUAUCAGGUUUAAGUUCUCACCCGUUCAUCGAUGAGUUCAUCCCAACCGUCAAUCAAGAUGAUGGAAUCUGUUACACUCAUCCUAAGAAUUUACCAGGUGUUAAGAACGAUGGAACAGUGUCCCACUUCUUUCAUAAGGCAAUCAAAGCCUACAGCACAGGAACUCGAAAGCGUAGAAAGAUUCACGACGACGAUUUUGGCGAUGUGCGCUGGCAUAAGACAGGAAGAACUAAACCGGUUGUGUUGGAUGGUGUUCAAAGAGGGUGCAAGAAAAUUAUGGUUCUCUAUGGUGGAAAAGCCGUGAAAACGAACUGGGUGAUGCACCAAUAUCACUUGGGAAUAGAAGAAGAUGAGAAGGAAGGUGAUUAUGUUGUUUCUAAGAUAUUCUACCAGCAGCCACAGCAGCUAGUUGUCAAGCAAGGUGAUAAGGCUGAGCAAGAAGUCUCUGAGGAAAUCUUUGCUGCAAUGACUCCAAAAGUGGAUCCUGUCACUCCGAAAUUAGUUACACCUGAGCAUCGAGAUGCUGUACAACUUUGUUCUGAUUCUCACUUUGCAAAUGACUAUGUUACUCCCCAUAGCUAUGUUACUGCCCAAGAGGUUUCUCUUGCUGAGACAUCUGAGGUAAUGUAUAUGGAAGAUGAGGUCCAGAGUUUUCAGCCUAAUCUUGAAAGACCAAGUUCUGCAUAUGAGCCUGAGCCUGAGCCUGAGCCUGAGCCCGAACCUGGACUUGAAAACGAUGCAAAAGAAAUAAUAGAUGAUAAAGAAGAGCAAGAGAAGGACAGAGAUGAUGAAAACGAAGCUGAGGAACAGCCGACUUGGUUUGACAGCGAAUCUCAGUUUAUCUUGAACUCGCAACAGCUUGUGGAAGCCUUGUCUCUUUGCGAUGAUAUCUUGCUAGUGGGAUCACAGGACAGGGAAGAGAACACAAACAGUGGAAGCUUAAAGAAUAAACAAUCAUGUUUUGCAGAUUACGCAAACCUAGGAACAGAAGACUUUAAACGGGACCUGGAGGAAUGUCAGAAGAUCGUUCUUGAUCCCUCCAACAUCGAGCUCGAUACUCCACCUGAGUUUCGUCUGAGCCAGCUGGAAUUUGGAUCACAGGACAGCUUUCUCGCCUGGGGGACUGGAAAGACUGACUGACUUAACAAAAUCUACCACGAGCUCGAGGCUAUGGAACUCAUUGAUAUUUUUUGGUUGGCAAAACAGUGCCAAGCUGUUGUUGUAAUAUGGUAGUUUCCUCGAGGGAUUGAUUCGUACUUGUUUUGGUGUUUUUUUUGUUUUCGGAUUGAUUAGAACUACUUUGGAACGUGUUUUCUGAUCUAAUUUGCAAUGUCAGUAUGUAAAUAUGAUGCUUUUGAAGAUUUUUAUGAGAUCCAAGGAUGUAUGAAUUAUAUA